AGUCUUUCGCGUUUUCACUUCACAGUAAUUGUUUUUCUACAAUGAUUUUGUUAUAAAUUUUCUGUUGGAACUAUUACAAGCUUUAUUUAUCUAAAAAAGAAGCAAUAGCUAACUCGAUUCAGCAAUGUGAUCGAUUGUAAUUGAUGACUUAAAAAAUAAAUACAUUUCAUUUUCAUGAUUGUGAAAGUUCCUUUUUUCGGAACACCUGUAGACUGUAGACCUGCGGCCGUCGACGUUUUUGGAUUGGUUAAUAAACAAUUUAUUUCAAUCGCUCGUAGCAGUAAUCGCAGUCGUUUGGCUAAUUUCACAGAAAGGUAUGUUCUGUGCAGAUUUUUUAUAAAACGAUGAAGUAAAAGAUGAUGGGAGAUCAGUUUCGCAAAGUAGAACCUUAUUCGCCAAAAUCAUCACCAAGAGGUGCCAGGUCCCCUGUUGUUUCACGUCAGGAUUCGUCGGGAACAUUAAAAACUACAAUUUUGUUGGGAAAGAACCCGUCCAUAGUCCCAAGUGGACCUUUUUAUUUGAUGAAAGAACCACCAGUGGAGUCGGAACUAACAGGAGCUACGAAUUUGAUGGCCUAUUAUGGCCUAGAACAUUCGUAUAGUAAAUUUAGUGGCAAGAAACUAAAAGAACAACUAUCAUCUUUUUUACCAACUUUACCGGGAGUCAUUGACUCUCCAGGUCAACAAGACAACAGCUCUUUAAGAUCCGUCAUAGAAAAACCUCCGAUAGGAGGAAAAGAAUUGUUACCACUUACCAAUAUUCAAUUAGAUGGCUUUCGAUUACAUCCAGGGCCAUUACCUGAACAGUAUCGAUAUACCAACACAGCACCUAUAAAGAAGCAUAAAAACAAGCACAAAAAGCACAAACACAAGGAGGGAGGUAUACCUAGUCAAGAAACGACCAUAACAGACGCAAGCAGUGAUACGCACGAAAAGAAACAUAAAAAGCAGAAACGGCACGACGAAGAUAAAGAACGAAAAAAGAGGAAAAAAGAAAAGAAGAGGAAAAAACAAAAACAUAGUCCGGAACACAGUGGUGGCUUAACCCCGAGUCAACAUUCGAGUUAAGAAAUUACCAAUUAAGUACCUUAACAUGCAAUUUAUUUAGGUUUAAAUCUUAAUUUAUGAAUUCUCAAUAGGUUAUAAGAUGUAUUUAUCAUUUAUUAUCUACAAUAAUAAACAGACUGUUGUUUUUAA